AUGAUACUAUUCAGUGUUUUAUUGUUAGUCCUAUCAAUUAGUCAACUUGGACUUGUACAAUCACAUCAGUUCUCUGAUGUAAACAAUCUAGCUAGUUUUACAACACGACAACAACAACAACAACAACAGUUUACAAUCUAUGUAGACUAUAGAUCACAAUGUUUAUAUGCAUGUGGAAGAAAUGCUUCACAAUCAUUUAGUAAUUUAAAAGAUGCUAUUGAUACUGUAACUGAAUCAGGUGUUACAUCUGCUACUAUUAUGGUAGCACCUGGUAUUUAUUCUGGUGUAAAGAAUAAAGAAUUAGAGAUAUCAAAUGGAAUAUCUUUAUCUAUAUCAACAAUUAACCCAGCAAGAGAUGAUCACAUGACAGAGAAUGUUCAAGAUUUGGGUAAAAUGGAUACAAUGGCAGUAGUGAACUGUCAAGAAAGUGGAAGAGCAUUCUUGGUGAAGGGUCCUGAUACCAAGUUUAAACUUACUGGAUUUGUGAUCUAUAAAUGUCAACAAAAUGUUGGAGGAGGUGUGUCGGUGGUACAAGGAGCUACUUUGACAACGGUCAACACCAUCUUUGCACAUUGCAAGGCUGCUACGGGAGCUGCGUUGUAUCUUGGUGAUGACUCGACUGCCCAUCUCACUAGAUCUAUGGUCCAUGCCAGUAUCUCUCAAUCGACCAGUGACAUGGUGUACGUGCAAUCUUCAAGACUCCAUUUGCAGUCCACUCAUUUGCUAUGCUACGGAUAUCCAACACACCGAAUCAUCCUCAAUGGCCCUUCAUCUUCAUUGGUAUCUGACCAACUGUCAUCGAUUGGAACUGGUGUCACUGUUGAAUGUGGUAGUGCCUCUACUGAGAAUUGCCGUAAACCUCCAUCUUCCAUUUGGUUUAAUUGUGCUGAUGCCGUGACAGCUGUUCUCGGUGAGACUGCACUUAAAGCCUACCAACGUAUCCAUCCACCAUCGACAGACCGUGCCUGUGACAAUGACACUAUAUGUAAUCCAAUCAAUGAGGAUUGUUUCUCUUGUCCCCAUGACUGCUCGUGUACCUACCCCAACACCUCGUUGGUCUAUGAACCUCAAACCCCCAUCCCCCUCACCACAAGACCACACCUCAUGGUCGAGUUUGCUCAAAUCCCAGCAUCGUCCACCAUCAAGUACGGUCACCUCAUCUUUUACGCCAAGCCAACAAGCAACGAGAACCAUCUGCUCAUCAAAGCCACCUCUUGCUCCAUAGUCCUCAUUGUCAAUGGUAAAAGGGAAUUAAUCAUUGUUGAAGGUCCAUCUAGAAACUACAAAUAUCUUCUUAGAAUCUCCAACACUUCCACCGCCUCUAUCUUUCAAGUUGAUUUCAAUUGUAAUCCAGUUAAUCCAAACAGUUCAUUCUCAAUCAAACAAAAAAUCAAUAACAAAUAUUUAAACUUUGAAUCAUUUUAUUCAAUUAAUAAAUGUGGAGAUAAUAUUUAUAAUUCAAAUGAAGCCAAUGUAAAUUCAAAGUUUUAUUGUCCAAAGGAUAAAGGAAGAGGUAGUACCGAUUUAUCCAACUUUGAUUUACAAAACGUUCAUCCAUCUUGUGGUGAUGGAGCUUGUAAUGAAGAUUCACCACAUGCAUGUCCAUUUGAUUGUUUUAUGGAAUUGACAAAGACUUGUAGGGAAUUGGCUCCACCAACCAAGAUUGAUCCAAUCUACAAAACCAAUGAAUUACUCGGAUCAUUGUUAAACAAUCAAUACUUGUAUGCUUUACCAGGUAUUGAUGUGUUUGGACAUGGUGUUGAUAUUCUAACUGGAAAGAGUAAAGAUACUCGUAUCUUUAACUUUGGGUAUUGCGAGGAUGAACCAUUCUCUACUGUACACGAUCUCUAUCGUGGUCUAGUCUAUACCAUUCCAUAUGGUUUGAGUGGUACACCAGCACCAAAAUGUACCUACUCUAGUCAAUCGACAUUCUACGAAACAUCAAGUUCAAUUGCAUCAGAGAUGGCAAUCAAAUCUGGUCUAUCUCUAUCUGCAUCUGCAUCUGGUGGAUUCUGGGGAUACUCUGUCGGAGCUUCAGCAGCCUAUUCACAAGACCAAUCCGUUCAAAUGGCAUCACAACAUGAACAAGAAUCAGAAGGUUCGUUUAUCGUAUCAGAAGUCAAAUGUUCGACAAGUAAAGUCAUCCUCACCGAGAGUGAUAUCAAACUACACCAUUUAUUCCUUAGGGAUCUCGUUCAAGCCAACUCUGUCGAAAAGAUGAAAGCAGUCAUGAUCAAGUACGGUACUGCAUACAUCAAGAGUGCAGUAAUGGGUGGAACAUUAAAGAUGGUAUCCAUUGUAUCCAAUUACUAUGCAUCGACCACCACUCAAAGUGAGUUACAAGCAAAUGCAGAGUUGUCACUAUCAGUCCAUGCAUCGGCACCCAUUGGGUCGGUCAGUGCCAGUGGAUCUGGAUCCUACGACAAUUCAGUAUCACAAGAAUCACGUCAAGAAUUCUCAUCAAACAGUCAACACUCUACCAUCAUCACCGAAGGUGGUAGUCCAGGUGCAUUCUCUCCCGACAAGUUUGGAAAGAAUACCUUUUCUUCAUGGGCACAAUCAGUUGAUCUUCGUCCAGUCCCAAUCGAACCACAAUUGGGUCUAAUCUAUGACCUAAUCCCAAAAACUUGGGCUGUUUAUGGUGGUGGAUUAAUUCAUCAACUUUGGAGAAUUACUGAAUAUCUUUAUUAUAUUGAAAAAACUACUGGUCAACCUGCACCAGAUUAUUUUAUGCAAAUUGGUAACAUGUCAAUGACAUGUUAUAUAAUAUUACCAUAUUAUCAAAAUCCAGAAUCAUUGAGAUGGACAACAUCGAUUGCAGGAUCGGGAGUAUUACCACCCAUCCAACUAAACAAUGGAGAUACCAAGACAUUUUGGUUUUACAAGACUGAUAGUAUUGAAUUGAUGGAAGCACCUACCUAUUCCUAUGAUUUAAUUGAUAUUGUAUCUUCAAGAGUAUUGACCUUUAGUUCCGGUAAAAAGACUCCAUCUGUUUCAGACAGUGAAAGUAUAGAGAUUCGUCUACAAGCUCUUCAAAUUAUUGGUGGUGGUGGUCCAUUCAAGAUCCACGUUACAGUGUAUGGUACUAAAGGAUCGGCUCAAUGUAUUGUCACAACCGGUCUCGUCAAUGUCGGCUUUUAUGUUGCUACAAUCAAACCAAUUCAAGAAAACAAUUUCAACAUUAUCGGAGACUUGACAGGCAUUAGAUUCAUGUUGCAACCAAGAGCAAGAGAUCCAACCACUAUCAGUGUAUCCAUUGGUAACGUCAAUGUCAUUGUCAACUGUAUCGUAGCUCCCCUCCCAGUAGACAUUGAAGGUGAUUUGGUGUGUAAACCAGGACAAAAGUUCAUCUACUCUAGUCCAAAUCGUAAUCCUAUCAGACUCAAAUAUCAACCUACCAACCGUCAAUCAUUUGUCUAUCGUAAUCUUGCUACCCGUCUCCAAUAUCCAUUAGUCCUACCAUCUGUUCAAGAUGCUCCCAUCAUUGAAUUUGGUAGUGAUGAUGAUGAUCUAUUAAACAAUUAA